AUGUCCGGCCUUCCUCCCGUCUACAUUGUCUCUGUCGCCAGAACGCCCGUGGGGUCGUUCCUGGGAUCUCUGUCUAGCCUCACUGCUGUUCAGCUGGGCUCCCACGCCAUCAAGGCGGCUGUUGAGCGGGUGCCCGAGAUCAAGGCCGAGGAUGUCGAGGAGGUCUUCUUUGGAAAUGUCCUGUCUGCCAACGUGGGCCAGGCUCCCGCCCGCCAGUGCGCCAUCAACGCCGGCCUCUCCAACUCGGUCGUCUGCACCACCGUCAACAAGGUCUGCGCCUCGGGCAUGAAGGCCAUCAUCCUCGGCGCCCAGACCAUCAUGACGGGCAACGCCUCGGUCGUCGUCGCCGGCGGCACCGAGUCCAUGUCCAACACGCCGCACUACCUGCCCAACCUGCGCACGGGCGUCAAGUACGGCGACGGCUCGCUCGUCGACGGCGUGCAAAAGGACGGCCUGCGCGACGCCUACGGCAAGCAGGAGCUCAUGGGCAUGCAGGCCGAGCUCUGCAGCCAGGACCACAGCCUCACGCGCGAGCUGCAGGACGAGUACGCCAUCAAGACGUACCAGCGCGCCCAGGCCGCCACCGAGGCCGGCGUCUUCGCCAGCGAGAUCGUCCCCGUCGAGGUCUCUGGCGGCCGCGGCAAGCCCCCCGUCAAGGUCGACCGCGACGAGGAGGCCAAGAACCUCAACGCCGACAAGCUCCGCACCGUCCGCCCCGUCUUCAUCCCCAACGGCGGCACCGUCACCGCCGCCAACGCCGCCCCCAUCAACGACGGCGCCGCCGCCGUCGUCCUCAUGUCCGAGGCCAAGGUCAAGGAGCUCGGCGUCAAGCCCGUCGCCAAGAUCCUCGGCUGGGGCGACGCCGCCCGCGAGCCCGAGCGCUUCACCACCGCCCCCGCCCUCGCCAUCCCCAAGGCCAUCAAGCACGCCGGCCUCUCCGACAAGGACGUCGACUACUACGAGAUCAACGAGGCCUUCUCCGUCGUCGCCCUCGCCAACAUCAAGAUCCUCAACCUCGACCCGGAAAAGGUCAACGUCUUUGGCGGCUCCGUCGCCAUCGGCCACCCCCUCGGCUGCUCCGGCGCCCGCAUCGUCACCACCCUGACCACCGUCCUGCGCGAGAAGAAGGGCAAGAUCGGCGUCGCCGGCAUCUGCAACGGCGGCGGCGGUGCCUCCGCCCUGGUCAUUGAGAGCCUGCAGUAA